GUGCCAACAAUGAACCAAAUUCUUGUAGUUUUUCUCAUUUUGUCUUUUGUCCAUGGGAUAAUUCGGUAGAUUACCAAUAAAUCAUGUGUUUUUACCUUACGGGCUUCACUAUUGUUGCUUUCUUCUUUACAUUGGGUAAUGUCCUGUUGAUGACUGCACAAUAUAUCCAUUCAUCUAUAAUUCCACUGAAGAGACAUAAGUCACUGCGAAAAAUUCUUAAGGAAAAUGGAAAGCUCUCACAUUUAUGGACACAGCAGGGAAAUGAGUUUCUUCAAUUGAGUGACUCUUGUAGCAGCCCAGAAACUGCUAGUGAGCCUCUUAUGAAUUACUUGGAUGUGGAAUAUUUUGGGCAGAUUUCUAUUGGUACACCUCCUCAACAGUUUACUGUGAUCUUUGACACCGGGUCUUCAAACCUGUGGGUGCCAUCUAUAUAUUGUACAAGUCAAGCAUGCACGAAACACAACAGGUACCGACCAAGUGAAUCUACCACCUAUGUUUCCAAUGGUGAAGCUUUCUUUAUUCAGUAUGGGACUGGCAACUUAACAGGCAUACUAGGAAUCGAUCAAGUUACUGUUCAAGGUAUAACUGUACAGAGUCAGACAUUUGCAGAAAGUGUAUCAGAGCCAGGAAGCACUUUCGAAGAUUCAAAUUUUGAUGGAAUUUUGGGAUUGGCAUACCCCAAUCUGGCUGUUGAUAACUGCAUUCCAGUGUUUGACAAUAUGAUUGCACAAAAGUUAGUGGAAUUACCUUUAUUUGGAGUCUACAUGAACAGAGAUUCUAACUCAGCAGAUGGUGGAGAACUGGUACUUGGAGGAUUUGACACAUCCCGCUUCUCUGGCCAGCUAAAUUGGGUGCCAAUAACUGUCCAAGGAUACUGGCAAAUUCAAGUGGAUUCCAUACAGGUGGCAGGCCAAGUGAUAUUUUGCAGUGAUGGAUGUCAAGCCAUUGUAGACACUGGCACCUCUUUGAUCACAGGUCCAUCAGGGGAUAUUGAACAACUUCAAAAUUAUAUUGGAGUCACAAAUACGAAUGGAGAGUAUGGUGUGAGUUGUUCUACCCUGAGUCUAAUGCCUUCCGUCACUUUUACAAUCAACGGAUUGGAUUAUUCACUGACACCUGAACAAUAUAUGCUUGAGGAUGGAGGGAGCUACUGCAGCAGUGGAUUUCAGGGCCUGGAUAUUUCUCCCCCAUCAGGACCAUUGUGGAUUCUAGGAGAUGUUUUCAUUGGUCAAUAUUAUUCUGUAUUUGAUCGUGGUAACAAUAGAGUUGGUUUUGCCCCAGUGUUUUUUUAUGAAACCACAACAAAUGGAGCAUAAUGUAUUGCAGUAAUGGCCUUUAUUAGUCAUAUUUUUGCUGUAGCAACAGAAGAACCAUAAUCACAACAUAUGUAAAAACAAUGUUUAGUUUUAAAGAAUCAUGAAUGACUGACUGUAACUAAUUGGCAUACAUUUUGAAAUAUUCAACUUGCUAAGCAUGGUC